AUGAGCGGUUCUGGCAAAGGCCUUUUAGGAUUAUGGCUCUAUAGAAAUGGGUCUGAAUGGGAAGUCAAAAACGAAGCUCAUCAUCACCCUAAGCUUGGUGAACUUAACAUGGCUGCUCGGCAACAGACUCAGCCUUCUGAAUGCGAGAGGAUUUCAGUGAUAUUUACAUUAAGGAACCAAGUUGGGGGGCUGGUCCAAGCUUUAACUGUAUUCCAAGAUCUUGGUAUAAAUGUCCUUCAUAUUGAAUCCCGAAAAUCGGUCACUGAAGUUUCGUCAUCGGACAUACUGGUGGAUGUGGAGUGUGACCCUAACCGCAUGGAACAAUUGAAGAGGAUGCUGAAACGUGAAGUUCAAGAUUUCGAAGUUGUAUCAUCUCAUUCUGCCGAAGAGUUUCCACCACCAACGCCGCUCUCUGCGGCUGCGAGUUUCGAUUUUGGUGAGAUGCACUGGUUUCCUCGUAAAAUAUCUGACCUGGACCGAGCUCAAAAUGUUUUGAUGUAUGGUUCGGAGCUGGAUGCAGAUCACCCUGGCUUCAAGGACCCCGUUUACCGCAAGCGACGGGAACAAUUCGCAGCAAUUGCCAACAGUUACAAAUAUGGUCAGCCAAUACCCAAAGUACAAUACACCGACGUAGAAAUUAAGACGUGGGGCAUCGUGUUCCGCGAACUCCACAAACUUUACCAAAAACAUGCCUGUGAGGAGUACCUCGAGAACUGGCCCCAACUUGUCAAAUACUGCGGCUAUCGCGAGGACAAUUUGCCUCAGCUGGAGGACGUGAGCGCUUUUCUCAAGCGCAAAACUGGAUUUCAGCUACGUCCCGUAGCGGGGUAUCUUUCUCCAAGAGAUUUUCUGUCCGGACUUGCAUUUAGAGUGUUUCACUGCACUCAAUAUAUUCGUCACUCCUCGGAUCCUUUCUAUACUCCAGAACCUGACUGCUGUCAUGAACUACUGGGACAUAUGCCGUUACUUGCCAACCCUAGUUUUGCACAAUUUUCGCAAGAACUAGGUCUCGCAUCCCUGGGCGCUUCCGACGAUGACAUCGACAAAUUGGCUACGCUGUAUUUCUUCACCGUGGAGUUUGGUUUGUGUCGGCAAGCAGAUGGAAGUUUCAGGGUGUACGGUGCCGGCUUACUAUCGUCCGUCGCAGAGUUGCAACAUGCUCUAGUUACACCCGAGAAGAUUAAGCGGUUUGAUCCUGAAGUUACUGUCAACGAAGAAUGUAUUAUAACUUCCUAUCAAAAUGCUUAUUAUUACACAGAUUCGUUUGAGGAGGCGAAAGAGAAGAUGAGGGCUUUCGCCGACAGCAUACAACGCCCCUUCGGUGUUCGUUACAACCCAUACACACAGAGUGUCGAGGUUCUAAGCAAUGCCCAGAAGAUAACUGCUCUAGUUCGAGAGCUGCGGGGAGACAUCUGCAUUGUAUCUUCUGCUAUCAAGAAAAUUUCUGCUCAAGACUCCACCUUGGAUGUUGAGACGAUUGCAAACAUGCUGCACACUGGACUUCAGGUGCAAGAAAGGAGUCCACAGAGCACUUCAGGGGGCAGCACGCCCAACUCAGAGCGUGGCGCGUCUCCGAGACCCGACCUAAAGAAGUCCGAUCAACCAGAAGCCUGAAGAAACUAUUCCAUGUCAUAACUUCGAUCGCUAAUGCUAGGUCACGCUUCUAAAUCAGGUCGUUGCUAAGACCAGCUUACAUCAUAACUCUAAUAAUAUUAUCUUCUUGCAGUAUGUUUCUUACUAUCGUAUAUUUCUUGUAGCGUAUAAUUAGUAUGUAGGCGGAUGCAUCUAAAUUUAGCUUUAUGUACCUAAAGGUAUUUCAUCGUGUACUGUUACUAACAUUCAUAGUUUACGUCAGUGUUGUCUGUAUUCAUAUUUAUCGUGGUAUAU